CGGGGCCCCGCGCCGCUGCUGCUGGCCGGGCUGGCGCUGCUGGGCGCGGCGCGGGCGCGGGCGGCGGGCGGCUUCAGCCUGCACCCGCCCUACUUCAACCUGGCCGAGGGCGCCCGCAUCGCCGCGUCCGCGACCUGCGGCGAGGAGGCCCCGGCGCGCGGACCCCCGCGCCCCACCGAGGACCUCUACUGCAAGCUGGUGGGGGGCCCCGUGGCAGGUGGGGACCCCAACCAGACCAUCCAGGGCCAGUACUGUGACAUCUGCACAGCUGCCAACAGCAACAAAGCACACCCCGUGAGCAACGCGGUCGAUGGCACAGAGCGCUGGUGGCAGAGCCCGCCACUGUCCCGUGGCCUGGAGUACAACGAGGUCAACGUCACCCUGGACCUGGGCCAGGUUUUCCACGUGGCCUACGUGCUCAUCAAGUUUGCCAACUCCCCCCGGCCAGACCUCUGGGUGCUGGAGCGGUCCACGGACUUUGGCCACACCUACCAGCCGUGGCAGUUCUUCGCCUCCUCCAGGAGGGACUGCCUGGAGCGAUUUGGGCCGCGGACCCUGGAGCGCAUCACGCGGGACGACGACGCCAUCUGCACCACUGAGUACUCGCGAAUAGUGCCCCUGGAGAACGGCGAGAUCGUGGUGUCCCUGGUGAACGGGCGCCCGGGGGCCAUGAACUUCUCCUACUCGCCGCUGCUGCGCAACUUCACCAAGGCCACCAACAUCCGCCUGCGUUUCCUGCGCACCAACACGCUGCUGGGUCACCUCAUGGGCAAGGCGCUGCGGGACCCCACGGUCACGCGCCGGUAUUAUUACAGCAUCAAGGACAUCAGCAUUGGCGGCCGCUGCGUCUGCCACGGCCACGCGGAUGUCUGCGAUGCCAAAGACCCUUCGGACCCUUUCAGGCUGCAGUGCGCCUGCCAGCACAACACCUGCGGGGGCUCCUGCGACCGCUGCUGCCCUGGCUUCAACCAGCAGCCGUGGGAGCCGGCGACUGCCGACAGCGCCAACGAGUGCCAGUCCUGUAACUGCCACGGCCAUGCCGACGACUGUUACUAUGACCCCGAGGUCGCCCGGCGCCGCGCCAGCCAGAGCCAGGACGGCACCUAUCAGGGGGGAGGCGUCUGCAUCGACUGCCAGCAUCACACCACCGGCAUCAACUGUGAACGCUGCCUGCCCGGCUUCUACCGCGCCCCGGACCAGCCGCUGGACUCGCCCCACGUCUGUCGCCGCUGCAGCUGCGAGUCAGACUUUACCGACGGGACUUGUGAGGACCUGACCGGCCGCUGCUACUGCCGGCCCAACUUCGCGGGGCAGCUGUGCGACUCGUGCGCCGAGGGCUUCGUGGGCUUCCCGCACUGCUACCCUGUAUCCUCGUUCUCCCCCAAUGACACCGGGGAGCAGGUGCUGCCAGCCGGACAGAUCGUGAACUGUGACUGCAGCGCUGCCGGGACCCAGGGCAACGCUUGCCGGAAGGACCCUCGGGUGGGACGCUGCGUGUGCAAACCCAACUUCCAAGGCACCCACUGUGAGCUCUGUGCCCCGGGGUUCUACGGCCCAGGCUGCCAGCCCUGCCAGUGUUCCAGCCCUGGAGUGGCAGACAGCCGCUGUGACCUCGACACGGGCCAGUGCGUGUGCCGGGUGGGAUUCGAGGGAGCCGCGUGCGAUCGCUGUGCCCCUGGCUACUUCCACUUCCCUCUUUGCCAGCUGUGCGGCUGCAGCCCUGCAGGGACACUGCCCGGAGGCUGCGACGAGGCUGGCCACUGCCCGUGCCGGCCUGAGUUUGCUGGCCCUCACUGUGACCGCUGCCGCCCAGGCUACCACGGCUUCCCCGACUGCCACGCCUGCACCUGUGACCCUCGGGGAGCCCUGGACCAGCUCUGCGGCGCAGGUGGUUUAUGCCGCUGCCGCCCUGGCUACGCGGGCACCACCUGCCAGGAGUGCAGCCCCGGCUUCCACGGCUUCCCCGACUGCGUCCCCUGUCACUGCUCCGCCGACGGUGCCCUGCACGCAGCCUGUGACUCCCGGAGCGGGCAGUGCAGCUGCCGGCCCCGUGUGACCGGGCUGCGGUGUGACGCGUGCGUGCCUGGCGCCUACAACUUCCCCUACUGCGAGGCAGGCUCCUGCCACCCUGCCGGCCUGGCUACGGCUGAUCCUGCACUUCCUGAGGCACAGGCCUCCUGCAUGUGCCGGGCUCACGUGGAGGGGCCAAGUUGUGAUCGCUGCAAACCCGGGUUCUGGGGGCUGAGCCCCAGCACCCCUGAGGGCUGUACCCGCUGCAGCUGCGACCCCAGGGGUACGCUGGGUGGAGUUGCCGAGUGCCAGCUGGACAGCGGCCAGUGCUUCUGCAAGCCCCACGUGUGCGGCCAGACCUGCGCAGCGUGCAAGGACGGCUUCUUCGGCCUGGAGCAGGCUGACUACUUUGGCUGCCGCAGCUGCCGGUGUGACGUCGGUGGUGCAUUGGGCCAGGGUUGUGAGCCAAGGACUGGCGCCUGCCGGUGCCGCCCCAACACGCAGGGCCCCACCUGCAGCGAGCCUGCGAGGGACCACUACCUCCCCGACCUGCACCACCUGCGGCUGGAGCUGGAGGAGGCAGCCACGCCCGACGGCCACGCCUUGCGCUUUGGCUUCAACCCCCUUGAGUUCGAGAACUUUAGCUGGAGGGGCUACGCACAGAUGACGCCCAUCCAGCCCAGGAUCGUGGCCAGACUGAACCUGACCUCCCCUGAUCUCUUCUGGCUCGUCUUCCGCUAUGUCAACCGCGGGCCCGAGAGUGUGAGCGGGCGGGUCUCCAUGCGAGAGGAGGGCAAGUUUGCCGCCUGCGCCAACUGCACGGAGCAGAGCCAGCCCGUGGCCUUCCCGCCCAGCACGGAGCCUGCCUUCGUCACCGUGCCCCAGCGGGGAUUUGGGGAGCCCUUUGUGCUGAACCCUGGCGCCUGGGCCCUGCUCGUGGAGGCCGAAGGGGUGCUCCUGGACUACGUGGUUCUGCUGCCCAGCGCCUACUACGAGGCGGCCCUCCUGCAGCUGCGGGUGACCGAGGCCUGCACCUACCGCCCCUCUGCCCAGCGCUCCGGGGAGAACUGCCUACUCUACACCCACCUCCCCCUGGAUGGCUUCCCUUCGGCCGUCGGGCCUGAGGCCCUGUGUCGCCACGACAACAGCCUGCCACGGCCCUGCCCCACAGAGCAGCUCAGCCCCUCGCACCCGCUGCUGGCCGCCUGCCUGGGCAGUGACGUGGACGUCCAGCUCCAGGUGACAGUGCCGCGGCCAGGCCGCUACGCCCUGGUGGUGGAGUAUGCCAAUGAGGACGCCCGUCAGGAGCUGGGCGUGGCCGUGCAGACCCCCCAACGGGCCUCCCAGCAGGGGGUGCUCACUCUCCACCCCUGCCCGUACAGCUCCCUGUGCCGGGGCGCGGCCCUAGACGCCCAGCACCACCUGGCUGUCUUCCUGCUGGACUCGGAGGCCAGCGUCCGGCUCACGGCUGAGCAGGCGCGCUUCUUCCUGCACCGCGUCACCCUGGUGCCCGUGGAGGAGUUCAGCCCGGAGUUCGUGGAGCCGCGGGUCCACUGCGUGAGCAGCCACGGCACCUUCGGCCCCAGCAGCGCCGCCUGUCUGCCCUCGCGCUUCCCGAGGCCUCCGCAGCCCGUCGUGCUCAGGGACUGCCAGGUGUUGCCGCUGCCGCCCGGCCUCCCGCUGACCCGCUCGCAGGAGCUCGCGCCGGGCACACCCCCAGCCAGCCCCCAGCCUCGGCCCCCCACCGCCGUGGACCCCGACACGGAGCCCACCCUGCUGCGCCACCCCCAGGGCACCGUGGUCUUCACCACCCACGUGCCCGCCCUGGGCCGCUACGCCUUCCUGCUGCACGGCUACCAACCGGCCCACCCCACCUUCCCCGUGGAGGUCCUUGUCAACGGGGGCCGCGUCUGGCAGGGCCAUGCCAACACCAGCUUCUGCCCGCAUGGCUACGGCUGCCGCACCCUGGUGGUAUGUGAGGGCCAGGCCCUGCUGGACGUCACCGACAGCGAGCUCACCGUGACCGUGCGUGUGCCCGAGGGCCGCUGGCUCUGGCUGGAUUACGUACUCGUGAUCCCCGAGGACGCCUACAGCUCCAGCUACCUCAGGGAGGAGCCCCUAGACAAGUCCUACGACUUCAUCAGCCAGUGUGCUGCCCAGGGCUACCACGUCAGCCCCAGCAGCUCGACCCUGUUCUGCCGGAAUGCCGCUGUCUCCCUCUCCCUCUUCUAUAACAACGGGGCCCGGCCUUGUGGCUGCCACGAAGUGGGUGCCAUGGGCCCCACAUGCGAGCCCUUCGGGGGCCAGUGUCCCUGCCGCGCCCACGUCAUCGGCCGCGACUGCUCCCGCUGUGCCACCGGCUACUGGGGCUUCCCCAGCUGCAGGCCCUGCGACUGCGGCGCCCGCCUCUGCGAUGAGCUCUCGGGCCAGUGCAUCUGCCCCCCGCGCACCGUUCCGCCCGACUGCCUGCUGUGCCAGCCUCAGACCUUCGGCUGCCACCCCUUGGUUGGCUGUGCGGAGUGUAACUGCUCGGGGCCUGGCGUCCAGGAGCUCACGGACCCCGCCUGCGACACAGACAGCGGCCAGUGCAAGUGCAGACCCAACGUGGCCGGGCGCCGCUGCGAUACCUGUGCUCCGGGCUUCCACGGCUUUCCCAGCUGCCGGCCCUGCGACUGCCAUGAGGCGGGCACUGUGCCCGGAGUGUGUGACCCCCUCACGGGCCAGUGCCACUGCAAGGAGAACGUGCAGGGCCCAAGGUGUGACCAGUGCCGCCUCGGGACCUUCUCCCUCGACGCCGCCAACCCCAAAGGCUGCACCCGCUGCUUCUGCUUCGGGGCCACGGAGCGCUGCAGGAGCUCCAUCUACACCCGCCGGGAGUUUGUGGACAUGGAGGGCUGGGUGCUGCUGAGCGGUGACCGGCAGGUGGUGCCCCACGAGCGGCGGGCAGAGACAGAGCUGCUCCACGCGGACCUGCGGCACGUGCCCGAGGCUUUCCCCGAGCUGUACUGGCAGGCCCCGCCCUCCUACCUGGGGGACCGGGUGUCGUCCUACGGUGGGACCCUCCGCUAUGAGCUGCACUCGGAGACCCAGCGGGGGGACGUCUUCAUCCCCACAGAGAGCCGGCCGGACGUGGUGCUGCAGGGCAACCAGAUGAGCAUCACGUUCCUGGAGCCGGCGUACCCUGCACCCGGCCACGUUCACCGUGGGCAGCUGCAGCUAGUGGAGGGUAAUUUCCGGCAUGUGGAGACCCACAGCGCCGUGUCCCGCGAGGAGCUCAUGAUGGUGCUGGCCGGCCUGGAGCAGCUGCAGAUCCGCGCACUCUUCUCGCAGACCUCGUCGGCCGUCUCCUUGCGCAGGGUGGCGCUGGAGGUGGCCGGCGAGGUGGCGGGGGGACCUCCAGCCAGCAACGUGGAGCUGUGCAUGUGCCCUGCCAGCUACCGCGGGGACUCGUGCCAGGAAUGUGCGCCCGGCUAUUACCGGGACGUCAAAGGCCUCUUCCUGGGCCGAUGCGUCCUCUGUCAGUGCCACGGCCAUUCGGACCGCUGCCUCCCUGGCUCUGGCGUUUGCGUGGGCUGCCAGCACAACACCGAGGGGGACCGCUGUGAGCGCUGCCAGGCCGGCUUUGUGAGCAGCAGGCCCGGGGACCCCACAGCCCCCUGCGUCAGCUGCCCCUGCCCCCUCGCAGUGCCCUCCAACAACUUCGCCGAGGGCUGCGUCCUGCGAGGCGGCCACGCCCAGUGCCUCUGCAAACCCGGUUACGCCGGGGCCUCCUGUGAGCGGUGUGCACCCGGUUUCUUCGGGAACCCUCUGGUGCUGGGCAGCUCCUGCCAGCCCUGUGACUGCAGCGGCAACGGUGACCCCAACUUGCUCUUCAGUGACUGUGACCCCCUGACAGGCGCCUGCCGUAGCUGCCUGCGCCACACCACCGGGCCCCGCUGCGAGAGCUGUGCUCCCGGCUUCUACGGCAAUGCCCUGCUGCCUGGCAACUGCACCCGGUGUGACUGCGCCCCAUGCGGGACAGAGGCCUGUGACCCCCACAGCGGGCGCUGCCUGUGCAAGGCAGGAGUGACAGGGCUGCGCUGCGACCGCUGUCAGGACGGACACUUCGGCUUCGACAGCUGUGGGGGCUGCCGCCCGUGUGCAUGCGGACCGGCUGCCGAGGGCUCUGAGUGCCACCCGCAGAGCGGGCAGUGCCACUGCCGACCAGGGGCUGGGGGACCCCAGUGCCGCGAGUGUGCCCCCGGCUACUGGGGGCUUCCCGAGCGGGGGUGCAGGCGCUGCCAGUGCCCGGGGGGCCACUGUGACCCCAACACAGGCCACUGCACGUGCCCCCCGGGGCUCAGCGGCGAGCGCUGUGACAGCUGUAGCCAGCAGCACCAGGUGCCUGUGCCGGGCGGGCCUGGGGGCCGUGGCGUCCACUGCGAAGUGUGUGACCACUGCGUGGUCCUGCUCCUGGACGACCUGGAGCGGGCUGGCGCCCUCCUCCCCGUCAUCCGCGAGCAGCUGCGCGGCGUCAACGCCAGCUCCGUGGCCUGGGCCCGGCUGCAGAGGCUGAACGCUUCCCUCGCAGACCUGCAGGACCAGCUCCGGAGGCCCCCGGGUCCCCGCCACCAGACGGUGCGGCAGCUGGAGGCACUGGAGGAGCAGAGCGCGAGGCUCGGGCAGGACGCACAGCGGCUGGGCAGCCAGGCCACGGGGGCCCGCGACCGGGCGGGCCGGCUGCGAGAUGAAACCGGGGCCACGCUGGGCCGAGCGCAGACGCUGCUGGCGGCCAUCCAGGCUGUAGACCGCGCCCUGAGCGGGCUUGCGUCCCAAAUGGGCCACCUGUGGCCAGCCAACGCCUCAGCCCCUUCAGGCGAGCAGCUGCGCCGGACGCUGGCUGAAGUGGAGCGGCUGCUCAGGGAGAUGCGGGCCCGUGACCUGGGGGCCCCACGGGCAGCAGCUGAGGCCGAGCUGGCCGCAGCCCAGAGGCUGCUGGCUCGCGUGCAGGAACAGCUGACCAGCCGCUGGGAGGAGAACCAGGCUCUGGCCAAACACACCCACGAGCAGCUGGCCCGGCACGAGGCUGGGCUCAUGGACCUGCGUGAGGCCCUGAACCGGGCGGUGGACGCCACACGGGAGGCUGAGGAGCUCAACAGCCGCAACCAGGAGCGCCUGGAGGAAGCCCUGCAACGGAAGCAGGAGCUGUCCCGGGACAAUGCCACCCUCCAGGCCACUCUGCAGGCUGCUAGGGAUGCCCUGACUCGUGCCUCUGAGCUGCUGCAAGGCAUGGACCAAGCCAAGGAGGAGUUGGAGCACCUUGCCGCCAACCUGGACGGCGCCCGGAUGCCCCUGCUGCGGAAGACGCAGGCCUUCUCCCCAGCGGGCAGCAAGGCGGCUUUGGUGGAGGCUGCCGAGGCCCACGCGCAGCAACUGGACCAGCUGGCGCUCAACCUGUCCAGCAUCAUCCUCGGCGUCAACCAGGACCGCUUCAUCCAGAGGGCCGUCGAGGCGUCCGGGGCCUACAGCAGCAUCCUGCAGGCCGUGAGCGCUGCUGAGGGAGCCGCCGGCCAGGCCCUGCAGCAGGCAGAGCGCACGUGGGCGACGGUGGUGCAGCGAGGCCUGGCGGCCCGAGCCCGGCAGCUGCUGGCCAACAGCAGCUCGCUGGAGGAGGCCGUCCGAGGAGAGGAGCAGAGGCUGGGCCGCGUGCGGGCCACCCUCCAAGGCACCGGGACCCAGCUCCGAGACGUCCGGGCCAAGAAGGACCAGCUGGUGGCCCAAAUCCAGCAGGUGCAGGCCAUGCUGGCCAUGGACACAGACGAGACGAGCAAGAGGAUCGCUCACGCCAAGGCCGUGGCCACCGAAGCCCAGGAGACGGCCGCCCGCGUGCAGUCUCAGCUGCGGGACAUGCAGGAGAACCUGGAGCGCUGGCAGGGCCAGUACGGGGGCCUGCGGGGCCAGGACCUGGGCCAGGCGGUGCUCGACGCAGGCCGCUCAGUGUCUACCCUGGAGAAGACUCUGCCGCAGCUGCUGGCCAAGCUGGGCCUCCUGGAGAACCGCGGGGCACACAACGCCAGCCUGGCCCUGUCCGCCAGCAUUGGGCGCGUGCGGGAGCUCAUCGCCCAGGCCCGGGGAGCCGCCGGCAAGGUCAAGGUACCCAUGAAGUUCAACGGGCGCUCAGGGGUGCAGCUGCGUGCCCCACGGGACCUCGCCGACCUCGCCGCCUACACGGCCCUCAAGUUCUACCUGCAGGGCCCAGAGCCGACGCCCGGGCAGGACGCUGGGGACCACUUUGUGCUGUACAUGGGCAGCCGCCAGGCCACGGGGGACUACAUGGGCGUGUCUCUGCGUGACCAGAAGGUGCACUGGGUGUACCGGCUGGGGGAGGCGGGCCCCGCAGCCCUCAGCAUCGACGAGAACAUCGGGGAGCAGUUCGCAGCCAUCAGCAUUGACAGGACCCUGCAGUUUGGCCACAUGUCCGUCACAGUGGAGAGGCAGAUGGUCCAUGAGACCAAGGGUGACACGGUGGCACCUGGGGCGGAGGGACUGCUCAACCUGCGGCCCGAUGACUUCGUCUUCUACGUCGGGGGCUACCCCAGCAACUUCACGCCCCCCGCACCCCUGCGCUUCCCCGGCUACCGGGGCUGCAUCGAGAUGGACACGCUGAACGAGGACGUGGUCAGUCUCUACAACUUUGAGCAGACCUUCCAGCUGGACACGGCCGUGGAUAAGCCUUGUGCCCGCUCCAAAUCGACCGGGGACCCCUGGCUUACGGACGGCUCCUACUUGGACGGCUCUGGCUUCGCCCGCAUCAGCUUCGACACUCAGAUCAGCAACACCAAGCGCUUCGACCAGGAGCUGCGGCUCGUGUCCUACAAUGGGGUCAUCUUCUUCCUGAAGCACCAGAGCCAGUUCCUGUGCCUGGCGGUGCGAGAGGGCGGCCUCGUGCUCCUGUAUGACUUUGGCGCCGGCCUGAAGGAGGCCGUCCCGCUGCAGCCCCCACCACCCCUGACAGCGGCCAGCAAGGCGAUCCAGGUGUUCCUGCUGGGCGGCAACCGCAAGCGUGUGCUGGUGCGCGUCGAGCGCGCCACGGUGUUCAGCGUCGAGCAGGACAACGUGCUGGACCUGGCCGACACCUACUACCUGGGGGGUGCGCCGCCCGAUCAGCUGCCCCCGAGCCUGCGGCGGCUCUUCCCCUCCGGAGGCUCCAUCCGCGGCUGCGUCAAGGGCAUCAAGGCCUUGGGCAAGUACGUGGACCUCAAGCGGCUGAACACAACGGGCGUGAGCUCCGGCUGCACGGCCGACCUGCUGGUGGGGCGCGCUAUGACUUUCCACGGCCAUGGCUUCCUGCCCCUGGCACUCCUGGACGUGGCGCCUCUCUCCGGCGACGUCUACUCUGGCUUUGGCUUCCGCAGCGCCCAGGACAGCGGUCUGCUCUACUACCGGGCGUCACAGGACGGGCCAUGCCAGGUGUCACUGCAGCAGGGCCACGUGACGCUCCGGCUGCUGAGGACUGAGGUGAAAACUCGAGGGGGCUUUGCCGAUGGAGCCCCCCACUACGUCGCCUUCUACAGCAACACCACGGGGGUCUGGCUCUACGUGGACGACCAGCUGCAACAGAUGAAGUCCCACCGGGGGCCGCCCCCUGGGCUCCAGCCGCAGCCUGAGGGGCCCGCAAGGCUGCUCCUGGGAGGCCUGCCUGAGUCUGGCACCUUCCGCAACUUCAGUGGCUGCAUCAGCAAUGUCUUCGUGCGGCGGCUCCUGGGGCCGCAGCGCGUGUUCGAUCUGCAGCAGAACGUGGGCAGCGUCAACGUGAGCACGGGCUGUGUCCCCGCCCCGCAAACCCAGACCCCAGCGCCAAGGCCGCAGGGACUGCGAGCUGCAGCUGGGAAGGCCUCCCGCCGCAGCCGCCAGCCCAUCCAGGACCCCACCUGCACACUGCCCCUGCACCCCCAAACCCUCCCAGAUUCCUACCAGUUUGGAGGCUCCCUGUCCAGUCACCUGGAGUUUGCGGGCGUCCUGGCCCCUCACCGGGACGGGCCCCGCCUCUCCAUGCGUGUUCGCCCUCGAGCCCCCCAAGGCCUCCUGCUCCUCGCCACCCCCCAGACGGCCAGCAGCCCCUCCCUGGCGCUCUUCCUGAGCCACGGACGCUUUGUCGCUCAGACGCAAGGCCCUGGGCCCCGGCUCCGCAUCCAGAGCCGCCAGCGUGCACGGACUGGCCGGUGGCACAAGGUGUCCCUGCUCUGGGAGAAGAGUCGGAUCCAGUUGGGGACAGACGGCAGCUGGGCCUGGAGCAAGGAGGGGCCCCGCCGGCGGCACCAGGGGCCGAAGCGCCCCCAGCCCCACACCCUCUUUGUGGGGGGCCUCCCUGCCAGCAGCCACCACUCCAAGCCCCCUGUGGCCGUCGGGUUCAGGGGCUGCGUGAAGAGACUAAGGCUGAACGGGAGGCCCCUAGGGGCCCCCACGCGGAUGGCGGGGGUCACGCCCUGUGUCACGGGCCCCCUAGAGGAGGGCCUGUUCUUUCCAGGCAGCGGGGGCAUCGUCACGCUAGAUGUCCCAGGGGCCACACUGCCCGACGUGAGCCUGGAACUGGAGGUGCGGCCCCAGGCAGUGGCCGGGCUGAUCUUCCACCUGGGCCGGGUCCAAGGCCCCCCCUACCUGCAGCUGCAGGUGUUCCAGAAGCAGGUCCUGCUGCGGGCGGACGACGGGGCAGGGGAGUUCUCCACGUCAGUGCUGCGCCCCGCGGUGCUGUGUGACAGCCACUGGCACCGACUGGCAGUGAUCAAAGGCGGGAACAUGGUCCGGCUGGAAGUGGACGCGCAGAGCAACCACACCGCGGGGCCCUCGCUGGCAGCCUCGGCCCACGCCCCAGCGCCUCUGCACCUCGGGGGCCUGCCUGAGCCCGCGGCGGUGCGGCCUGGGCCCCCCGCCUACCGUGGCUGCAUGCGGAAGCUGGUGGUGAACCAGGCCCCCAUCACGGUGCCUCCCUCUGCGCAGGUCCAGGGGGCGGUGGGAGCCGGGGGCUGCCCGGCCGCGUAGGUGCCGCCCCCGCGGGACCCCGGCCAGGGGCACGUCCUCCCUCGGUGGGCAGCAGCACCCUCACCGCUUGGUGGCGUGCACGGCCUCGCUCGUGUUUCACAGACGUUUGUAUUUAUCUGGACUCUAGCUGUACGGGUGACAAAUCUUAUUUCUGGAAAUGGCUUAAGUUAUAUCUAUCUUUUUAAAUGAAAGGA